UUUACGACUUACGGGUACAAACGUACAAUCGUACACCCACACCAAAACAGACGUUGCUUCUACAAGCCGCCGUCACGCGGCGGUUGCCUUGGACAGAAUGACACGCGUGACAGGCUGUCGCGAGUCUGAUCAUCGCACUAUGGCUCUAACCCAUGCCACUCUUCAGAUCCUGAUUUCCGUUCGGAGAUUGCAGUCCAACAGGCAACAAGUGUGGCUGCAUUUUUAGCACAACGAAGUUUUCGACAUUGCGCCACCAGUGUUUCUUUUUCUAUUUUAUCAUUUAUUCUUGCUAAUCUUUGUUAAUGGGUCAUCUUCUCGUGGCUGCUGUCGUGGUUGUGCUGGCCUUCAGCGUGCAAGACCGCCUUCUCUGUUCAGCUCAACGCAGAGCUCGCCACCCAGUCGGGGUGGACAGAAUGAAUAAGAUUUUGAACGACGCGAAACGACGCAACGGCCACGGCACCAUGCAUCUGCACGGAUACGGAAUUGGUCCCUCGUCUCAGGAUUAUCCGAUAGCGGAAUGGCCGCCCCACACGGAAAUCAUCCGAGCCACGGAAGGCGGCACACUCCUCCUUCCCUGCAACAACACGAACAACCGUCCGAUGCUUUUUAACUGACAGACGAAAAACGCGCGCAAUGUUAUUGUUGGACGCGGUUAAAAUUCUGGUCGUUGCGGCUGCUGCAGUAAAAGCAACCAAGAGACAGCCGUCAUCCACAGUUUGCACGUCGGAUCUCUGCCAGCUUAUUGCCCGUGAAAUCGUCUCCAGUAUGGAUGAAACCAUCGACCCGUGCGUGGAUUUCUUCGCUUACUCAUGCAACCGCUGGAAUAGCACCCACGGUCUGGUGCACAACGUGCUCAUUCCCAAAAUCUCCAAACAAAUUCAAGAAAUGCUCGCCAGUGGAAAUUAUACCAAUCCCACCGAAAAAAAGGCAACUGGCAUAUACAACCAGUGCAUAAACCAGACGAACGAGCGGCCAUUCGACGACGGCAAUCUUUUGCGCACUAUUGAAGACUUGUUAGGUGGAUGGUCCCUAUUAAAAGACCCUCGUAAUGUGUCCGCUUUUCAUCUGGAAGAAGCUCUAGUGCGUCUGCACCAAAACGGCAUUUCGACCUUCAGCGGUCUGUCCGUACAAACAAACGAAUUUUCUAUCGAGGAAAAUAUCCUGCACUUCAUGAUGCCUGGUCGCCUUUUCAAGCGGUGGGAAUUAGAUACACUGGUCAACCCCAAUAACAAGCGCCUUGCUCCCUUUGCAUUUGCGGAAUUAUUGUACAAAUGGGCGCCGGUCGUACAGCGUUUACUGAAAGCAGCCAAUGCAAGUUUCCUGUGGUCUACUGUUAAAAACCGAUUCGAGCAAGCCCUUCUGUUGGACUUUAUGUUGGCGAAGGGGCCAACAGGACCGGUGUAUUAUCGAGAGCGCCUAACCUUCGGUGAUCUUUCUAGACCACCAUUCCGCUCGCAGUUUCUAUCAAGCUUUUUGCACCUGUUUAACGCGAUGCUUAAAGCUUCUUCGAUAAACUAUCAAGCCACAACCGCUACGCAGCUUGCGGUUCCUGAUCAGUUUGAAUACCUCCUCAAUCUAGAUCAGACGAUGGCUCAGCUGGAAGGCGACGGGGAUGCGGGACUGACGACACUGGCUGAUUGGUUGUGGUGGACCGCCGUCAAUCACUACCACCUUAUAUAUCGAGUAACGGACAUCUGCGUGGGGCUGGUUAAAGCGGCCAUGCCGUUGACCGUAUCGGGAAUGUUCUUUAAGACAUAUAUACCAAAGAAAGCGGUUCAAAAGGCAAAAGUGCUGGCAUCUGAAAUUGCCAACGCAGUUCGCGAUGCAGUCCUUCUCAAGACGCCCUGGAUGGACCAGACAACGAAGGAAGCGGCCAUGGACAGGCUGAAUGAUACACUACUGAACGUUGGUUUUCCCGAGGAGUUGGUGGAGAAUUGGACGCUCUUGGAUAACUACUACACAAGGAUUCAAGUGGAAAUGUCAUUCUUCGACACACUGCGCACCAUCGGUCAAAGCAACAGCUGGAUCAACCUGCAAAGACUCUCUCGCACAAACGCCCGCAACGAUCCGUUCUUUCCGGCCGAUAGGACCUUGGUAACCCUCGAAACCUACACUCAAAACCGUUAUAUUGUUAUUCCGGCGGCCGUAGUACAGACACCAAUGUUUUACGCAAGCGACAUGGACAUUUUGGACUACGCUCGCAUGGGUUUUCUCAUUGGCCACGAAUUCACCCAUAUUAUCGAUAUCGAAGUGAAAGAACUUGGGAACGACGGCAAACCUCUUAAGUGGUGGACCGAUACGACGCAGAACAAUUAUAACGCGAGAAACUACACUUUGGUGGAUUUCUACAACAGUAUUAGCACGAAGAACGUCAGUGUCGAUGGACGGCAAACUCUCAUCGAGAACACUGCCGACAACGGCGGAUUCCAGGCUGCUUUUUUGGCUUUUCGUAAUUUUAUGCGUCGCACUGGAUACCGCAUAACGCUACCCGGGUUAGAAACCAUGGAUGAGAAGCAGCUGUUCUGGUUAACUGGAGCUCAGGCAUGGUGCAUCCGUCCACCAGGAUUAGUCGACGAAACUCACUCACCGUUUCGAUUUCGUGUAAUGGGACCGUACAUAAACAGCCCAGAUUUCGGGGCGUCUUACAACUGUCCUCUGGGAUCCCCGAUGAGCCCAGGGAUUAAAGCGUGUUAGAGACAGGUUUAACUUUUAAUUGAGGAAGUAUCUGUGCAUGGUGGUGUAGUGAUUG